GCGGAAUCGGACCUGAGCCGAGAGGGUCUGAGAGCAGGAGCGGGCCGAGCAGCGGCAGCGCCAGCUUUAGCCGUGGCGGCCACAGGACCGGGCGCGGCGCCGGCGGUCGGGGACCGCGGCAGGGGCUGCAGGCGGCGGAGCAGCUGGUUCGUCCAGUGUCAAAAACCCUUCAUUUUACCUUCUGAAUUUCGUUCGUCAUUACACUUUUGGAGACAUAUGAGGUAUCUAAAAUAUAACUGUAUUUUCUUCUGAAGGAUAUCAAGUUUUAAUAGCUAUACAGUUUUGAAUAUAUUAACACCUUUGCCGAUUCAGCACUUCUAAAGUUCUGCCUUCUCCCACUAGCUUAACUUGGCCUUCAGACAUUAUGAGGAGACUGGCUUUUCGAGGCGCUGGUUGUACUCUGAAGAAGUUGGAUUCAAUGGGCUCCAAGAGACGAAGGGCUACGUCUCCUUCCAGCAGUAUCAGUGGAGAUUUUGAUGAUGGUCACCACUCUGUACCAACACCAGGCCCGAGCAGAAAAAGGAGACGACUUUCUAAUCUCCCCACUGUGGAUCCUAUUGCUGUGUGCCAUGAACUCUACAACACUAUAAGAGACUACAAAGAUGAGCAGGGCAGGCUCCUAUGUGAACUCUUUAUCAGGGCACCAAAAAGAAGAAAUCAACCAGAUUAUUAUGAAGUGGUUUCUCAGCCCAUCGACUUGAUGAAAAUUCAACAAAAACUAAAAAUGGAAGAGUAUGAUGACGUUAACCUGCUGACUGCUGACUUUCAGCUGCUCUUUAACAACGCCAAGGCCUAUUAUAAGCCAGACUCUCCGGAAUUUAAAGCUGCCUGUAAACUCUGGGAUUUGUACCUGCGGACAAGGAAUGAAUUUGUUCAGAAAGGAGAUGCGGAGGAGGAGGAGGAGGAGGAGGAGGAUGGGCAUGACAAUCAAGGGACAAUGUCCGAAGUAUCUUCUCCAAGUUACCUGAAAGAGAUCCUCGAGCAGCUUCUUGAAGCCAUAGCCAUAGCUACAAACCCAUCAGGACGUCUCAUAAGUGAGCUUUUUCAGAAACUUCCUUCAAAAGUGCAAUAUCCUGACUAUUAUGCAAUAAUUAAGGAGCCCAUUGAUCUUAAGACCAUUGCUCAGAGGAUACAGAAUGGGAGUUAUAAAAGUAUCCAUGCAAUGGCAAAGGAUAUAGAUCUCCUAGCUAAAAAUGCCAAAACCUACAAUGAACCUGGGUCUCAAGUAUUCAAGGAUGCAAAUUCAAUUAAAAAAAUAUUUCAUUUGAAAAAGGCAGAAAUUGAACAUGUUGAAAUGGCCAAGUCAAGCCUUCGAAUAAGGACUCCAUCCAAUUUGGCUGCAGCCAAGCUGACAGGUUCUUCACAGGGUAAGGGCAGCCUUAGUGAAGAGAGAAAUCCUACCAGCAGAUAUUAUCGUAAUAAAAGAGCAGUCCAAGGGGGUCGUUUAUCAGCAAUAACUAUGGCACUCCAGUACGGCUCAGAAAGUGAUGAGGAUGCCGCUUUAGCUGCUGCUCGUUAUGAAGAGGGGGAGUCAGAAGCAGAGAGUAUUACGUCUUUUAUGGAUGUUUCCAAUCCCCUUUAUCAGCUCUAUGAUACUGUUAGGAGCUGUCGGAAUAAUCAGGGACAGCUAAUAGCAGAACCAUUUUUCCAUUUGCCUUCGAAGAAAAAAUACCCUGAUUAUUAUCAGCAAAUCAAAAUGCCCAUUUCCCUGCAGCAGAUAAGAACCAAGCUAAAGAACCAAGAAUAUGAAACUUUAGAUCAUUUGGAGUGUGAUCUAAAUUUAAUGUUUGAAAAUGCCAAACGUUAUAAUGUUCCCAAUUCAGCCAUCUACAAACGAGUUCUAAAAAUGCAACAAGUUAUGCAGGCAAAGAAGAAGGAGCUUGCUAGGAGAGACGACAUUGAGGACGGUGACAGUAUGAUCUCUUCAGCCACUUCUGAUACUGGGAGCGCCAAAAGAAAAAGGAACACUCAUGACAAUGAGAUGUUGGGCCUCAGGAGGCUUUCCAGUAAAAAGAACAUAAGAAAGCAACGAAUGAAAAUUUUAUUCAACGUUGUUCUCGAAGCUCGAGAGCCGGGUACAGGCAGAAGACUCUGUGAUCUGUUUAUGGUUAAGCCAUCCAAAAAGGACUACCCUGAUUAUUACAAAAUCAUCUUGGAGCCAAUGGACUUAAAAAUUAUUGAACAUAACAUCCGUAAUGAUAAAUAUGCAGGAGAAGAGGCAAUGAUGGAAGAUAUGAAGCUGAUGUUUCGAAAUGCAAGACACUAUAAUGAAGAAGGCUCACAGGUAUAUAAUGAUGCCCAUAUUCUGGAGAAGAUGCUCAGAGAUAAGAGAAAAGAGCUGGGCCCACUCCCUGAGGAUGAUGACAUGGCCUCUCCUAAACUCAAGCUAAGGUCCUGCAUUUUAGGAAGGACAUUACUAUGCCACAGAGACUCCAGAAGGGAGGGCAGCCAAGAUCAUGAAGGCCUUAGACCUUACGCCAUAUGUGGAUUGAAGGAACUGGGUAGAAAGAGUGGCAUUUCUCCUAAAAAGUCCAAAUACAUGACUCCAAUGCAACAGAAACUAAAUGAAGUCUAUGAAGCAGUAAAGAACUACACAGAUAAGCGGGGCCGCCGGCUCAGCGCCAUCUUCCUAAGGCUCCCCUCCAGGUCAGAGCUGCCAGACUACUAUCUGACCAUCAAAAAGCCUGUGGACAUGGAAAAGAUCAGAAGCCACAUGAUGGCUAACAAGUACCAAGACAUAGACUCCAUGGUGGAAGACUUUGUCAUGAUGUUCAAUAAUGCCUGCACCUACAAUGAGCCUGAAUCCCUGAUUUACAAAGACGCCUUAGUCCUGCAUAAAGUAUUGCUUGAAACUCGAAGGGACAUAGAAGGAGACGAGGACUCUCAUGUUCCUAACGUGACACUACUUAUCCAGGAGCUUAUCCACAAUCUUUUUGUGUCUGUAAUGAGCCAUCAGGAUGAUGAGGGAAGGUGCUACAGUGACUCCUUAGCUGAAAUCCCUUCUGUGGAUCCUAGUUUCCCAAAUAAACCCCCUCUGACUUUUGACAUAAUUAGGAAGAACGUUGAGAAUAAUCGAUACCGCAGACUGGACUUAUUUCAAGAACAGAUGUUUGAUGUGCUGGAAAGAGCAAGGAGAAUGAAUCGGACAGAUUCGGAAAUCUACGAAGAUGCAGUAGAACUUCAGCAAUUCUUUAUUAAAAUCCGUGAUGAGCUCUGCAAAAAUGGAGAGAUCCUUCUCUCACCAGCACUUAGUUAUACAACAAAGCAUCUCCAUAAUGAUGUGGAGAAAGAGAAAAAGGAAAAGUUACCAAAAGAAAUAGAGGAAGAUAAACUAAAACGGGAAGAAGAAAAGAGAGAAGCUGAAAAGAGUGAAGACUCCUCAGGAGGAGCAGGCCUCUCUGUCUUACAUCGAACAUACAGCCAGGACUGUAGCUUCAAGAACAGCAUGUACCACGUUGGGGAUUAUGUCUAUGUGGAGCCAGCAGAAGCCAAUCUCCAACCACACAUAGUCUGCAUUGAAAGACUGUGGGAAGAUUCUGCUGGUGAAAAAUGGUUGUGUGGCUGUUGGUUUUAUCGGCCAAAUGAAACAUUCCACCUUGCUACACGAAAAUUUUUGGAAAAAGAAGUUUUUAAGAGUGACUAUUACAACAAAGUACCUGUUAGCAAAAUCCUAGGCAAAUGUGUAGUCAUGUUUGUUAAGGAGUACUUUAAACUGUGUCCAGAAACCUUUCGAGAUGAAGAUGUAUAUGUCUGUGAGUCACGAUAUUCUGCCAAAACAAAGUCUUUCAAGAAAAUUAAGCUGUGGACCAUGCCGGUCAGUUCCGUUAGGUUUAUCCCACGUGACGUACCUCUGCCUGUGGUACGCGUUGCAUCUGUGUUUGCAAAUACAGACAAAAUGGAUGAUGAGAAACACACCGAAACUUCAGAAGACAGUAAAGGAGCAGACAGUUUCCUUAACCUGGAAAAGGAGAAAGAAGAUGUUCCAGUAGAAAUGUCUAAUGGGGAACCAGGCUGCCACUAUUUUGAACAGCUUCGAUACAAUGAUAUGUGGCUGAAGGUUGGAGACUGUGUUUUCAUAAAAUCACAUGGCUUAGUGCGGCCUCGAGUGGGCAGAAUUGAAAAGCUAUGGGUCCGGGAUGGUGCUGCCUACUUCUUUGGCCCCAUCUUCAUUCACCCUGAAGAAACAGAACAUGAGCCAACAAAAAUGUUCUACAAAAAAGAAGUGUUUCUGAGCAAUUUGGAAGAAACCUGCCCUAUGACGUGUAUCCUGGGAAAGUGUGCCGUGUUGUCGUUCAAGGACUUCCUGUCCUGCAGGCCAACUGAAAUACCAGAAAAUGAUGUUCUGCUUUGUGAGAGCCGCUAUAAUGAGAGUGACAAACAAAUGAAGAAAUUCAAAGGGCUGAAGAGGUUUUCACUCUCUGCUAAAGUGGUAGAUGACGAAAUCUACUAUUUCAGAAAACCCAUAGUUCCACAGAAAGAACCCUCACCAUUAUUGGAGAAGAAGAUUCAGUUGCUAGAAGCAAAAUUUGCUGAGUUGGAAGGUGGAGAUGAUGAUAUUGAAGAAAUGGGAGAAGAGGAGGGUGAGGUCAUUGAAGCCCCUUCUUUGCCGCAGCUUCAGACUCCACUGGCCAGUGAUCUGGACAUUAUGCCCUACACUCCCCCACAGUCUACUCCUAAGUCUUCCAAGGGCAGCUCUAAGAAGGAAGGCUCCAAAAGGAAGAUCAACAUGAGUGGCUACAUCCUCUUUAGCAGCGAGAUGAGAGCCGUGAUUAAAGCUCAGCACCCAGACUACUCCUUUGGAGAGCUCAGUAGGCUGGUAGGAACAGAAUGGAGAAACUUAGAGACAACCAAGAAAGCAGAAUAUGAAGAGCGGGCAGCUAAAGUUGCCGAGCAGCAGGAGAGAGAGCGCGCAGCGCAGCAACCGCAGCCGAGUGCUUCUCCCCGGGCGGGCCCCCCCUCGGGGGCACUCAUGGGGGUGGUGCCGCCACCAACACCAAUGGCGAUGCUCAAUCAGCAGUUGACACCUGUUGCAGGCAUGAUAGGUGGCUAUCCGCCAGUCCUGCCACCUUUGCAGGGGCCAGUUGAUGGCAUUGUUAGCAUGGGCAGCAUGCAGCCACUUCACCCUGGGGUGCCCCCACCCCACCACCUUCCGCCAGGUAUGCCAGGCAUCCCAGGCAUCCCACCACCGGGUGUGAUGGGCCAAGGAGUGUCCCCCAUUGUAGGACCUCCAGCACCAGGAGGGAGUCCUUAUGGGCAGCAGAUGGGAAUUCUUGGGCCCCCAGGCCAGCAAGCACCACCUCCGUAUCCUGGUCAGAAUCCAGCAGGCCAGCCUGUCAUGCAGCAGCCUACAACACCAAUGUUUGUUUCUCCCCCACCAAAGACACAACGGCUUCUGCACUCAGAGGCCUACCUGAAAUACAUUGAAGGGCUCAGCGCUGAAUCAAACAGUAUUAGCAAGUGGGACCAGACCCUUGCAGCCCGAAGACGAGACGUCCAUCUAUCAAAAGAACAAGAAAGCCGCCUUCCUUCACACUGGCUGAAGAGUAAAGGAGCCCACACCACCAUGGCCGACGCCCUCUGGCGCCUUCGUGAUCUGAUGCUUCGAGACACCCUGAACAUUCGCCAAGCAUACAACAUAGAAAAUGUUUAAUCACAUAAAUUACUUUCUUUGAUACAAACAUAAAAGAGUUUUGUGGAACAAUAGCUGUUUUAGUUACUGGGGGGAUAACAAAACAAUAAUUUUUAUUGCAUUUUAUUGUACAUUGCAAGACCAUUUUUAUAUAAGGACACUUUUAAUAAGCAUAUUUCAAUUUGUUUUUGUUAUAUUAAUUUGACUUUAUCAAAUACACAAAGAUUUUUUUGCAUA